AUGCUGGCUCCGUCCAUCCAUCCGCUCCUCUGGCUGUUCGGCUGCGUGCUGCUCCGAGGUACUGCAACCUCCACAGUCUCCUCCGUCCACGCCGUAACAGGUCAAUCCCAACCAACAACACACAGCCCUGAAGUGAAGAACCAUAACUCAGAGUCUUCAGUAAAAUCAAUGACACCGAGCAACUUGAAUCUCACCUCUGUGGGUCAAACUACUACAGCCAAAUCCUCUUCCAUGGCUACAACACUACUAGCGUCGACUGCACCAGAUGAAAAGUCUAGUGGAAGCAGAAGCACAGCAGCUUCAACACCUCAAGGUCAAGAGCCCAAAAGAAGGGAGAGUACCACAACAUCACCAACUCAAGACACCUCAAAGCCUGUCAACCCAACACCGCACUCCUCUGGCUACUUGCCUGUGCCCACUCCGACAGACGAUAAAUCACCACUGACAGUGGCAGCUUUUGGUGUCAUCAGCUUCAUAGUUAUCCUGAUAGUGGUUGUGAUCAUUCUGGUCAGCGUGGUCAGCCUGAGGUUCAAGUGCAACCGCUCAAAGGACUCCGAAGACAAACAGAAACCAGGGACCUCCAUGGUAUCAGAAAGCUGCUCGGCAGGCACAAGCCAGAAGGAUAACAGCAUCACUCUGAUCUCCAUGAAGAACAUCAACAUGAACAACAGCAUGAGUUACCCGCCGUCAGAAAAG